AUGAAAACGACACGCCCGUCACCCUCAUCCUUGGAAGACAUCGCCACGAUCACGCCUACAUUCAUCCUCGGUAUGGCUCUCAUCCUAGCUGGAGCCUCCAUCCGCUUCCUAUGCUUCCGUGAGAUGGGCGUCCACUUCACGUUCCAGAUCUCUCUCCGGGAGAAACACAAGCUUGUGCGAACGGGCCCCUACUCCAUCGUUCGUCACCCAGCAUACACGGGAGGCCAUAUGACUAUAUUAGGUGGACUGUUGACGUUGACGGGUCAUGGGUCGUGGCUCUACUGUGGGGCGGGAUAUUCGGAGAAGAUAGGGAGGGUGUUGUGUGGUAAUUAUUGUGCGUCUGUGAUGGUUUUGGCAUAUGCGCUUCUAAGGGGGGCGAAGGAGGACGUGUAUUUGAGGAGAGAGUUUGAGGAGGAGUGGGAGGAGUGGGCUAGAGAUGUCCCGUAUAUGUAUAUUCCGUUUGUGGUUUAG